AGUGUUGUUACGCGGACGUGUCUUGUAACAAGCGAUAUUGUUAGUUAAGUUUUAUUUAAUACUCUAAAGUACCAGCGAUAUCUAAUCUCGUAGAGUAGAUCAGUAGGUAUUCGUGUUUUUCAACCGUAUUUAUCAUUAUUUAAUUUGUGUGUUUUGUGCAUCUUAGUGCAGUGUUCGUUUACAUCGUUGUGAUUUUUUUAUUACAUUUGUGACAGUUAUACAGUGAAUAAUGAAUUUAUCGUUUGCUGGGUGCGGGUUUCUUGGCAUUUAUCAUGUCGGCGUAGCAGUGUGUUUUAAGAAAUAUGCACCACACUUGCUUUUGGGUAAAAUAUCUGGCGCCUCGUUUGGUGCUCUGUCAGCCUGCUGUUUACUAUGUGAUGUGCCUAUAGGUGAAAUAACCAGUGAUGUCCUCCGAGUGGUCGGAGAGGCCAGGGCAGGGUCCCUCGGCCCUUUCAGCCCGUCCUUCAACAUCCAGAACGUGCUUCUGGAAGGCAUGGACAAGUACCUGCCACACGACGUGCACAAGAUCGUCAGCGGCAAGCUCCAUAUAUCACUCACGAGAGUGUACGAUGGGAAGAACGUCAUUGUAUCAGAGUUUCCAACGCGGCAGGAUUUAAUGCAGGCAUUACUAGCGUCAUGUUUCGUGCCAGUGUUCAGUGGUAUGCUGCCACCGCGCUUCCAUGGCAUCCGAUAUAUGGACGGCGGCUUCAGCGACAAUCUGCCCGUGCUCAACGAGAACACCAUCACAGUCAGCCCGUUUUGCGGAGAGAGCGACAUCUGCCCGAGGGAUCUUAGCUCGCAGUUGUUUCAUGUCAGUAUAGCCAACACAAGCAUAGAGCUAUCAAAGCAGAACAUCAACAGAUUCGCCCGCAUCCUCUUUCCGCCUAAGCCGGAGGUGCUGAGCAACAUGUGCAAGCAGGGCUUCGACGACGCCCUCAGGUUCCUGCACAGGAAUAACAUGAUCUCCUGCACGAGGUGCUUGGCGGUGCAGUCCACCUUCCAACUGCAGGAGGUCUUGGAUGACACUGUGUACGAUUAUGACCCAGAUUGUGAGGAGUGCAAGACCCAUAGACAGGACGCACUAGUGGACGACCUACCCGACACCGUGAUGUCGAUAUUCCAAAACGCAAUAGACUCGGCCAACCACGGCAUCGUGAACUGGGUAAUGCGGCAGCGCGCCGUGCGUUACCUCAGCAUCAUGACUCUGCCGUACCGCGUGCCCAUUGACAUCAUGUACGCUACUCUGACCAACUAUAUCGGGGAUACCGUAGAGAAGCAUUCGGUGCAAUACAAAGUGGCCGCUAAUGUGCUCGUCGUUAGGAAGAGAUGUAUCCGACACAACAACACUAUGACUAGAUUUGUAGCGUGCACCCCGAAGAUGUCACGGUCGCUGUGGAAGCUCAGCCUGAACCUUGUCCAGCAGUUGCACGGGUUCCUGUACUCCGCGCACGACCGGUCCGAGGCCGCCGCGCAGAUCUACUACAAGCUCACCAUGGACGCCAAGAAGGAAGUCGCGGAAGGACGCCAGGUGGACAGAAGAAGAGCGAGCGAGAUGCGCAUAUCGUACGGAGACGUGCUCGCAGACGACACGUUCGAACACAUCCUCAAUGUGACGUCACACAACGACGCACUCCUGGCUUAUUACUACCUCGACAGCGACAAUAAGAUGAAAAUGACAGAGAUAUACGACGUGACGGACGCGGACACGGACGCGGUGCAGUCGCCGACCGAGCGCGUCGUCAACGAGCAGCUCGAGUUCGACAACGACUGGUCGCGCGACAUGAUCGUUGAUACCGACUCGCUCGACGUGGACGGCCUCGACGUCGACGAGGAGUCGCUCGGCGACCGCAACUUGUUCUCGGACCCCGAGAGCGAGUGGCGCCGACACUCGCUCGCCAGCUCCGAGAGCGACGCCGAGCAGCCCGAGAGCGACCGCCACCAUCUCUACGAGACUUGCUAGACGGACCGACCUAACUCUGCGUGGCAUUUGCAGUGUAAAAGUGUGGUUAUGUCAUCACAAAUAUCAAAUUUCUAUGAAAAUAUGACGUUUACGAUGAUACGUCCACACUUGGUUCUGUCAAAGUCGGUUUAGAGUUAGCUUAUACCGACUUUAACACUAGUCAUAUAAUCGAGCCUCUCAGCCGCACUACGCGAACCAUGUAGUCCUGCUUCAACUGCGCCAUCUAGAGAUACAGCGCGAAACAACGGCAUACUCUGAAUUCAUAGCAUCGGCACUCAAAAUUCAACGCUGGUGUCUUUUCUAUGAAGAUUAAAGUAUAGUUUAUGUUAUAUCUACAGACGGACAACUUACAACUAGAUGAUUCAAAUUUAAUUUAAGUAUGUAAGUACACAUUGCAUGCAACUUGAACUUUUGAUAUUAUUUAAUCAUUGAAUUAAGGCUGAUUGCAGAUGAGUUGUUAAUGUUUGUAUUACAUAAAUUGUAAAACAUCUAUGAACUACUAAAGAAUAAAUAUAUGUAAAGUAAUAGAUCCUACAUAUGUUGGAAACUAACAAAAUGUUGUCACUUUGACAUGUGUAUCCCAAAAAAGAAGACGAAACUGAUUUAGAUUAAAUGCUUAGUUAUAUGAAAAUUAAGUAACACCAUCAUUUUCCAGUUUUUUUAUAUGUAAUAUUACAAUAUUCCGUAACAAGUUACCUUAGAAUCAAAGCAAAAACGUGAUAAAAUAAAUAUAAAUGUUGAUUCGUUUUAGUUUAAGAAUUUGUUACCUAGGUUUCAAAUCUAACUGACGAUAUAAGAAUUAUGUAUUUACCAAUCGCGUAAGCUAUAGUUAUUCUAAUAUUAUUAGGUGAUGGUAAUAUAAAUAUACUUACCAAGCCCGUGGGGGCAACCUAUUAUGGAAACAAAAAGUUUUUCAAGAAAUAACCUACACCAACCAUUUUUUUCAUGAUGGUACGACAUUAGUUAGACGAAUAUCCUCUUUGUAAACAAUAUAACAUUAUUAAGGUACAUAUUAUACAGCGUCAGCGAUCUUAUUCUAUAGUGACUUAUAAGAAAAGUAACUGAAAUAAGAAACGGACAAAAAUAAAAAAGCGAUUUACAUAACAUGACCUUGAAAGAAAAUAGUAUUUCGGGAUAGUGUGUAAAACGGACGAAAUUACACUUUAAAGUACUAGGGUUUUCAUAACUCGACACUAGUAAAUGUUUGUAACAUAUCGUUCUUUUUUCACAUCACAUUAUUGCUAUUAAACUUGGCUCUCUACUUUGAUUCUAUUAAUGAAUUAAAUGAAUUUAACGGCCAUGACAUGAAAUACCCUGCCUGUUAGGCUCCGUAGCCAUCCUAUAUAUUCUAUGAUCAAUCCUACAUGAAAGGCGGCCACAAUUGUACGUGGCAAGAUAAAAUGUUUAUUUUUCGAGGAAGGAUUAGGACGAAGUGAAGAUAAAAUGUUAUCGUAAAUCAGUUUACUCACAUUGAAACUUACAUAUAGUUCUAUCCAAGUUAAGUCACGAUUAUUAUGAUAGCUAGCUUAUGGCCAAGAACUGCAUUCAAGUGAGAUACCUCACUUAAGCCAUGUUUUAAAAAUGUUGCAUGUCUACUUAUGUAGGGUAUCCGACUUUAGUGCUGUACGUUUCGUGGGUUACAUAAUUUUUUAUUGUCUAUAGUUAACAGAACAGAAGAAGGCAAAUGGCAUUAUUUUGUACAUUCAAGGUACCUAUUAAAAUAUGAAAAUGUCAUUUUUUUUUCACUGUGAUAAGUUGAUAACACUGACAAAAUUCAAAUUAUAUACACAAUUUCUCUAUUGACAAUAAAAUCGCUUGUGUAUAUUGUAAUUAAAUUUACCUGCUGACUGUACCUAGCUACCAAUGAUUUAUUGUUAUUAUACCCCGCUGCGGCGGUAAUUUAAGUAUUGUUGGUUAUUUAUUAAGUAUUUAGUGGUUCUUAGUUUUUAAUUAGUCAUAUCUUAAAUGUCACAAAUUAUAUUUUAAUAAAAAAGAAAAGAAA